AGAAAUUCUCGUCUGUUCAGUCUCUGUGUUUCAGACAAACGAUGUCAGGAAUUGCGAUUGGUCGGCUUCAGGAAGAGAGAAAGUGCUGGAGGAAAGACCAUCCCUUUGGGUUCAUAGCCAAACCCUCCAAGAACCCAGACGGAACAUGGAACCUGAUGAACUGGGAGUGUGGCAUUCCGGGCAAGAAGGGAACUCUAUGGGAGGGGGGUCUUUACCCACUACGGAUGAUAUUCAAAGAUGAUUACCCAAUCAGUCCCCCCAAAUGCAAAUUUGAGCCCCCCUUGUUCCACCCAAACAUUUACCCCAGUGGGACUGUUUGUCUGUCGCUUUUGGACGAGGAGAGAGAUUGGAAACCAGCUGUCACCAUAAAACAGAUUCUAUUAGGUAUUCAGGACUUGUUGAAUGACCCCAACAUCAAGGACCCCGCCCAAGCAGACGCCUACUCCACCUUCAGCUCAGACAGAGUAGAAUACGACCGGAGAGUGAAAGCCCAGGCCAGACAGUUCCCCCCGGAAAAAUUUGCGUCAGGUCACUAGUCCCCCACAGGGGGUGGGUGCAGUCAGUCGGCCAUUCUUCCCGGCAAAAGUCAAACUUAGACUCAAUUAACACCUGAUAGGAGAUGGAAUGUUUUUUCAUCGAUGGCCAUUUUUUAUGCAAAAUUGGAAAAAAAAAUGUUUUUCAUUCAAGGAAAACAGAGCUUAAGGGCUUUGUAAUUUGUCAUUGGCUAUAGAUGAAACAUGUUCGAUUGUCAAUGUUCGUGUGUUUUCUAAUGUCGUUGACGAUCGAAUAUCAUUUUUUGAUGUCACAAUUUCUGUUUAAAGAGCUGAAAAAAGAACAUGGCAGCUGUUUUGAUACUUUAAUUUUAACAGUGUUUGGUGUAGCUAUUUUCGUACUGAUUACUCUUGUCUGUUUUGUCUGAAAAAUUGUACUUGGAAGCGAUAGCAGUAUACUUUGACGAUUUAUGUUGAUGAAUUUUUUGAUUUGCAGGCAAAUAGUCGAUAAACACACUUGUUAGUUGAAGUUCUCUUUUUUAAUUUAAUCAUUAUCAUAGCGUC